AUGUUGCUCCUUCGGGAGGCUAUGGACAGCAAGGAUACUACUCGGGAGGACAGGGUGUGGAGCCUAGCUAUACGAUGUCAACGCAGUAUCAGCAGGGGUAUGAGAAUUAUGGGCAUCCGCAACCACAGCAGCCACAGGGUGGGUAUGGCGGGUAUGAUCAGGGUGCGCAGGGUGGAGCACAUGGUGCGUAUGACCAACUUCAGACGCAGGGUAGUGGGAGGCCGUGGGGUAGUGGUGGAGGUAAUUCGGCAUGGUGAGCGGUCAAUGCACCGCCUAUCACCAGAUGGCUUGUUGGAAGUGGUUGAAGUCAUGAACAGCUCUUCUGAAUGGGAAAGUCCUGCUAGAGCGACUGGUUCGUAA